GCCGAAUGGCCUAUUUCUGCUGGUGGGACGGAUGAACACGGCUUUCUCUACAUCUGUCUCUACGACUGUGUUUCAGGUCUACUCCAGCGGCGACCUGCACCACUUUGUCGACGGCUUUGACGAGAGCAAGAGCAACUGGAUGCGGUACGUGAACCCCACCCGCUCGAAGCAAGAGCAGUGCCUGGCCGCGUGUCAGAAUGGGAUGGACAUCUACUUCUACACGGUGAAGGCCAUCCCCGCCAACCAGGAGCUCCUGGUCUGGUACUGCAGCGAGUUUGCCGAACGCCUCCACUACCCAGCCUCCGAUGACCUGAUGAUGAUCAAGCUGAAGUGCAUCAAUCUGCCGAAGAUUGAGGACCUACAUGGGAAAUGGCAGCACAGUCCAGGAGUCCCACCCAGCGAGCAUCGAGGGAAGGUGUACCCGACGGAAGGGAGCGGGGCGAUGAAGGACGACGCCGUGAUGCGCCGAGCUCACGUUGGCGGGGAACACCCGAGCAAGGACGCCCAUCCCAAGGCGGCUCCCGGGAAGGAGAUGGAGCACAUCAGCAAGAAGCACAGCCCCGAGCGGACAUUCCUCCCUCGUGUUGUCUACCCGUUGAGACCGGAGGACUACGGCGCGGAGAGGCGGGGUUACGCCAAGCGGUCCCCGCUACAGUCGUCGCUCACCUCCAGCCCAUCGUCCCGGAGCAGCCCGGAUCACAGCUUCAAGAGCCUGACUCCGCACAGCAGCCCAGAGUCCCACCUCCCGCCCCUCAUCCCGUCCACGGGGGAACGCAAGCAGAUGUUCCCGUUCUUGACCGGGCCCUACAACCGAGAAGGCUUGGGGUCCCUCCCGCCCUUCCCUCCUCCUCCCCACCUGCCCUUCCUUCACACCUACGGGCCGGUCAGCGGGCAGUACUCCAGGUUCAUGCUGCCGCACUACCCGCUGGGCUGCCACGGGCCCAACUCCUUGGCCGGCGUGGGCAACCUGGGCCUCCUGCCCCGGGUCUACCCGUUCUACGGCGGCUUCCCCCACCACGUCUUCGGCCAGUCCGCGCCGCUGGCCGCCUCCGCCGACGGGGCGCGCCGGCUCCUGCUGGCCCCCGAGCGGCCGAGGGACUUCCUGGUUCCCGCCCGCAACAGCGCCUUCACCGCCGCCGGCCACGCCGGAAAAGACGGGACCCCCGACCGCGGGGACGCUUCGCCGCGCGCCGGCAUCGCAGCCGCCGCACACUCUGAUCAACCGGCCGCUCAACCCGCACCUACCUCAGCCGGCCUGGGCAACGGCCACGGCCACGGCCAUGAACGCUCGGAAGAGGCCAUGAAUCUCAUGAAACCAAAGAGGAACCUCACCGGGUACAAGACUCUCCCUUACCCCCUAAAGAAGCAGAACGGCAAGAUUAAGUACGAGUGUAAUGUCUGCUACAAGACCUUCGGCCAGCUGUCAAACCUUAAGGUCCAUCUGCGGGUACACAGUGGAGAACGGCCCUUCAAGUGUCAGACGUGCAGUAAAGGCUUCACACAACUGGCCCACCUACAGAAGCACUAUCUUGUUCACACUGGGGAGAAGCCACACGAAUGCCAGGUGUGUCGCAAGAGGUUUAGCAGUACCAGCAACCUGAAGACUCACCUGCGCCUACACUCGGGGGAGAAGCCGUACCAGUGCAAGCUGUGCCCGGCCAAGUUCACCCAGUUUGUCCACCUGAAGCUGCACAAGCGCCUUCACACCAGGGAGCGCCCGCACAAGUGCCUCCAGUGCCACAAGACCUACAUCCACCACUGCAGCCUGAAGGCCCACCUGAGGGGCAACUGCCCCAUGGCCCCCGCACCGGGCCGCUCGCUGGAGGACCUCCACCGCUUCAACGAGGAGAUCAACAGUUUCGACAUCAGCGACGGGGCCGACAAGCUGGACGAGAUGGGCCAGGGGGACGAGGUGGGCUCCACGGUGGAGAGGCAGAUCUUCUCCAUGCUGAGGAGGGAGGUGGACGAGGCCACGUACCAGAGGGGGCUCAUGGCCCCCGGGUGCAACCUGUACGAGAGGCUCGACUCUUCGGUCAUGAAAAUGGCGCACGGCAGCCCGCGGCCCCUGGUGCCCAUCAAGGUCAAGCAGGAAAGCAUGGAAGCCACGGCCUCUUGAGAUCCAAGCCAACCUCAUCUCAGGCACAAAGCGUUUAUGACUCAGGAGAACCAAGCCUGCUUGGAACUUUCAAAUGUACAUAGAUCUCCACACCGGAAAAAAAAACUGCAGGGUGGACUGACUGAUCUUGUGUUGGGGUUGUCCUCAGUCCCCAGUAGAAGGGGCCUCAAGGCAUUCAUCUCAGGGUAUCCUCACUGAAGUAUUUGACACCGACAAGCCUUACACCAAAGGGGGAAGAAAAAAUGCUCGAGGACAAUCAUUUUCAGCAGAAUUAUUUUUCCAAGAAUAGUCCGUAAUUUAUUAUGCAAUUGACUCUGUUAUGCAAUACCCGAAGAAUCUUGCUUACAGUGACUUGAAAUUAGUCAUUGUAAUCGCAUGUGGAAAUGUUGUAUGUUUGGAUUCUCUCUGUUGCCAUUCUCUUUAUAGUUUCUUUACACUGGGCUUGGAUUUUU